AUGGGGAACCUGUUUGGAAGCCUCCUGAAAUCCCUGGUUGGUAAGAAGGAGAUGCGGAUCCUGAUGGUGGGACUGGACGCCGCUGGGAAAACCACCAUCCUGUACAAACUCAAACUGGGGGAAAUCGUCACAACGAUUCCGACGAUCGGGUUCAAUGUGGAGACAGUUGAAUAUAAAAACAUCAGUUUCACGGUUUGGGACGUGGGCGGACAGGACAAGAUCCGACCGCUGUGGAGACACUACUUCCAAAACACACAAGGUCUGAUCUUCGUUGUGGACAGUAAUGACCGCGAGCGGGUGAACGAGGCGCGAGAGGAGCUGAUGAGGAUGUUAGCGGAGGACGAGCUCAGAGACGCAGUGCUGCUGCUGUUCGCUAACAAACAGGAUUUACCAAAUGCGAUGAAUGCAGCGGAGAUCACAGAUAAACUGGGGCUUCAUUCUCUGCGUCAGCGUCACUGGUUCAUUCAGGCCACAUGUGCUACCAGCGGAGACGGUCUGUAUGAUGGUCUGGACUGGCUUUCCAACCAGCUGAGGACCAGGAAGCCUGUAUGCAGAUGGUGGGACAGCACCCCCUCCUCAGCGGCAUUGCACAUUGAUGUUGUGCAUUGCAUGGUGCGUUGUACCAUGAAGCUCUACUUCCUGAAUUCUUUCCACAAUUCCUGUUUUCACUGA